AUGUCGCUAAAUCAACAAGAAAUCAAGCUUCAUAAUGAUGGCAGAGAAUUCACCACAUUGAGUAACUUGCCUUUAUCAGCAAUUGAUGCACAGGAUUUUGAUCGAGUUAUUAUUCUUCUUCAUGGUUUCCCGGAUAUCAAUACCACUUUCAAUAAAGUAUGGCCAUUGUUGCUUUCCCAUUUCAAAGAAAGGGUUUUGCUAAUUGCCCCUAAAUUGAGAGGAUAUGAAAAGUCCAGUAUUGGACCUGAACAUGAGUACAUGUUGCCCUAUCUUGCCGGAGACGUUAAAGGGUGGAUCCACGAAGUCAGCCCUCAAUUGAACAAACCAGUACAUUUAGUUGGUCACGAUUGGGGCGCUAUCAUAGCGUUCAAGACUGCAAAUUUGUAUCCCGAAUUGAUUACGUCUAUGGUAACAUUGGCAAUUCCUUACUUGGCCAAUGUUAGAGGUUACGAAUUGUUGUGGCAUGCCCCCGAGCAAUUGUACUUGUCAACGUAUUUCUUUACUAUGCAGUAUCCUUGGUUAUACAAAGCAAAAUUAACAGAGUCAAAUGAUUACUUGACAUAUCUUUGGAAAUACUGGUCACCAGAUUAUAACGUGUCCCAGGAAGAAAUCACUGAAGUUAGAGAUGCGUUUAAGAGAGAUGGUGUAGUAAAUGCAGUCACAGCAUACUAUCGCCACUUGUUUCGUCCUUUAUCAUUUUGGAAAUCAAGAUGGCCCGUUGAUUUUGUGAAAGUUCCUACUUUAAUUUUAAAUGGAGAAAAUGAUGGGUGCAUGUCAUCCAGAAUUGCCGUUUUAGAACAACAAAAGUUGAAGAGCUUGUAUCCAAAGGCUCAAGUUAAAGUGGUUCCCCAAGUAGGACAUUUCCUACAAAGAGAAGCACCGGAAGUAGUUGCUGGAUUAAUUGUUGAUUUUUUAGAGUCUAUUUAA